AUGACUCGGAAAUUUCCUGUAAAUGGUUUGUUACAAUUUCCAAAUAAUGAAUGGCAACAACAACAUCAAAAUUCUAUUCCUUCUCGUAUUCUACAAGAAAAAAUGGUGAAAAGUAAUAAUGGCACAGCAUUUUCUUCCUAUGAAAUUUUGUGUCAAAUACAACCAAACACUCACCCUUCUGGUAUCUUUUAUGGUGACAACCCCUUAACUCAUGCAUUCUCACUACUUUUGUUUCACCUCAUUCUUGUCACUGCCAUGACACGUAUGGUUCGUUUCAUUCUUAAGCCUCUCAAACAACCUAACAUCGUUUCUCAAAUUAUUGGUGGUGUGAUUAUUGGACCUUCGUUUCUAGGAAGAAGUAAAUGGUAUCAUCGAAGCAUAAAACCGGAAGCGGCGCAAUUCCUAAUGAGUAACCUAGGUGUGAUGGGGUUCAUGUUUUUUGUUUUUGUCUAUGGUGUGAAAAUGGAUCCAACUCUAUUGAAAAAAUCAGGAAAAAUGCAUAUAUCAAUUGCAUUGACAAGCAUAACAAUUCCAACCAUAGCAGUAUUUGUUAUAGGACUAUGUUUAAGAAAAACUAUGGACAAAGAACUAGGUGCAGUUUCAUCCAUAGGAGUGUUAGCAGGGUACUUAGGAAUAACAGCGUUUCCUGUUCUAUAUCAUAUUCUCAAAGAGCUGAACCUUCUAAACUCAGACGUGGGUCGAUUCGCGUUAGCGACAGCGCUAAUCAGCGACGCGUUUGGAAUUCUUAGCGUUUUGGCAUUUGAACAUAAAACAGGAAACAAAAAAAUGACCACCCAUCCAUCCCUAACCUAUACUAACAUGCUUGGGGAACAAAAAAACAUAAAAUCGGUACACGCAUACUCAAUAAUCAUACCAUUGUCAUGA